CCCUGCGCGCUUCGUCGCCUCCCCUCCCCUUCCCCCGAAACCCUUCCGCCGCGCCGCCGCCGCCGCAAAGCUCUCGAGCCAUGGAGGUCGACGGCGAAGCACGCCCCUUCCUCCUCUUCUCCAAGCCUAAUUCUAAGAAGCAGAGGUCCAAGCAGGAAGCCGCGGCCGAAGUCCAGACCCAACCAGAGCCCCCAAACCCUAGCCCCGUCACCGCCGUCGAGCCCGGCCUCUGCGAUGCCGACCAGGCCCCUACCGCCGUGACCGAGAGAGUAGACUCGGAGAACGCCGGCGAUGCCGCUGAAUCUGCUCCGGUGCCCUCCACCUUCGCGGAGCUCGGCCUGUCGCAGUGGCUGGUCGACGUGUGCCACUCCCUGGGGAUGCGGCGGCCCACGGCCGUGCAGCGGCAGUGCAUCCCGCGCGCGCUCGAGGGCAGGGACGUGCUGGGCAUCGCGGAGACCGGGAGCGGCAAGACGGCCGCGUUCGCGCUGCCCAUCCUGCACCGCCUCGGCGAGGACCCCUACGGCGUCGCGGCGCUCGCGCUCGCGCCCACGCGGGAGCUGGCGGCGCAGCUCGCCGAGCAGUUCCGCGCGCUCGGCGCGCCGCUGGGGCUCCGGUGCCUGGCGGCGAUCGGCGGGUUCGACUCGCUCGGGCAGGCCAAGGGCCUCGCGCGCCGGCCCCACGUUGUUGUCGCCACCCCAGGCCGCAUCGCCACGCUGAUCAACGACGAUCCUGACCUUGCCAAAGUCUUCGCCCGCACCAAGUUUCUUGUGUUGGACGAGGCAGAUAGAGUUCUAGAUGUUAAUUUUGAGGAGGACCUGCGAGUGAUAUUUGGUUCUUUACCAAACAAGCGCCAAACCUUUUUGUUUUCAGCAACAAUUUCAGAUAACCUGCGAUCUUUGCUUGAACUUUCUGGCAACAACUCAUACUUUUUUGAGGCAUACGAAGGAUUCAAGACAGUUGAUACCUUAAAACAGAUGUAUAUUCAUGUACCUCCUGAUGCUAAAGAGCUCUAUCUUUUUUAUCUUCUAUCAAAAAUGAAGGAAGACAAUAUACGUUCAGUGAUUGUGUUUGUCUCAACCUGCAGGACAUGCCAAUAUUUGGAUUUUUUGUUGGAAGAACUUGGUCAUCCUGCUGUUUCUUUGCAUUCUCACAAGCCUCAGUCAAGAAGGCUGGCAGCAUUGCAUAAUUUCAAAUCCAGUAAGGUCCCAGUCUUGCUUGCUACAGACGUAGCCAGCCGUGGGUUGGAUAUCCAAACAGUUGAUCUUGUUAUCAACUAUGACAUUCCAAGGUACCCACGAGAUUAUAUCCAUAGGGUUGGACGAACUGCAAGAGCUACUAGGGGAGGGCUCUCCAUAGGCUUUGUCACGACCCAGAGGGAUAUACGCCUGUUACAUGAGAUAGAGGAUGUUGUUGGGAAGCAAUUAGGUGCAUAUGACGGCGAGAUGAGAGAUGUCAACAAAAAUGCUACAAAGGUGUUCAAAGCGAGGCGUCUUGCGAAUAUGAAGAUGGCAGACGAGGGCCAUGAAGAUAAGGUACACGCUAGAAAAGAACAGAAGAAAAGAGCUCAAGAAAGAAAGCGGAAACACGAAGGGCUGUAAAAUGGUUCACCGAUGACGAAUUUUGUUUUGGCUUAUUCUCGUGAGUCGUGACCUCGUCUCAUCGAUUCCUCUGUUGCAUUGGCCACAGAAAGAAAUGAUGAAACAGAAUUUUUGUAGCAAUGGAUGUAGAUCAUCAUAUUGAGUAGGUGCAAUUACAUGUAAAAUCACCAUGUCUAUUAAAUCAAAUGUACCGAUGCAUCUUUUACCACUGGCACAUGGUAUUUGUCACCAUUGAGUAGUGACUAGUA